AGCUUUUCAGGCCGUCGAAUCCGACUCGAAAAUCAGUUCCCGUUCAAACGCGACGCAGCGAGCAACAUGCAACCGUUGCUCCUAGUGCUGGCCCUUUGUGUGGCCCAAAUCUGUGCCCUCUCUUUGGGGCACCGACCAGACUAUAGCGAUGACUUCGAUGAGGAGGACACCGGACUGCCGUGGCAGCCGGAGCCCCUGAAACCAGCUCCCUGGCAGGCGGAGCGCCAAGUUCAAGACAACCAGGCCCCCAGAGCUGAGGUUCAAGUGCCCGGAAUCGGACAGGUCGUGGGAAUUGGUGGCUACCGGACUAUUGCCAAUCGUCCGAUCAACGCUUUUCUGGGUCUGCGUUACGGCCAAGUGGGAGGCGGUCUGGCCCGCUUCCAGGCAGCCCGACCGGCCGGCUAUCAGGGCAGGAUGAACGCCACUGUCCGGAGUCCCAAUUGCGCCCAGUUUCCGGAACUUGACCGCCUGAGGAGUGCGGAAUCGCGUGGCGAGAAUGUGGACGACUGUCUCACCCUGGACAUCUACGCACCCGAGGGUGCCAAUCAGCUGCCCGUGCUGGUCUUCGUCCACGGUGAAAUGCUGUUCGACGGCGGAUCCGAGGAGGCCCAGCCGGAGUACAUCCUGGAGAGGGAUGUGCUGCUGGUCUCCAUCAACUACCGAUUGGCUCCCUUCGGCUUCCUGAGCGCCCUGAGCGAUGAGCUGCCCGGAAACGUGGCUCUUUCCGAUCUGCACUUGGCCCUGGAGUGGCUGCAGAAGAAUCUAGUUCACUUUGGCGGCAAUCCCGCGCAGGUGACUCUGGUGGGCCAAGCGGGUGGAGCCACCUUGGCUCACGCCCUGAGCCUCAGCGGUCGUGCCAAAGGUCUGUUCCAGCAAUUGAUCCUGCAGUCGGGCACCGCUUUGAACCCCUAUCUGAUUGAUGAGCAGCCACUUGCCACCCUCGACACUUUCGCCCGUCUGGCCCGCUGCCCCCCGACCACGCCCUCUCCGCGUCUCCGCCUACAGCCACUGUAUGACUGCCUCGCCCGACUGCCCACCUCCCAGCUGGUGGCCGCCUUCGAGCAAUUGCUGCUGCAGAACGAGCAGUUCGGAUUGAUCCACCUUGGCGGCUUUAAGCUGGUGGUCGGCGAUCCCCUGGGAUACCUGCCACGCCCCCCAGCCCAUCUGGCCGCCAAUGCCAGCAACGCCCUGCCCAUGAUUGUCGGCGCCACCAAGGAUGCCAGCGCAUUCAUCGUGUCGCGCACCUACGACCAGAUCGCCCAUCUUCAGUCCCAGAAUGUGAGUGACUACAUCGACGUGGUGCUGCGCCAUAUAGCGCCGCCCAGCGAGCACAAAAUGUGGAGGCAGUUCGCACUGCGCGAGCUCUUCAAACCGGACCAGGAGCGUACGGCUAGUCCGGAUUCCGUGGCCCAGGGCCUGCUGGAGCUGAGCAACUUCAUCCUGUACCGCGCACCCGUGAUCAAUACCAUCCGUCAAUCGUACCGCUCAACGCCGGCCUACCUGUACCUGUUCGAUUACCGUGGGGAGCACCAUCGGUUCUUCCACCUGUCUAACCCGCUUCCUUUCGGGGUGGAUGCCUCUCUUAGCGAUGACAGCGUGUACUUGUUUCCCUAUCCGCCGGAGUCCAGCAGCCUGAAUCCAUUGGACAGGUCGAUGUCCCGCGCCCUGGUUACCAUGUGGGUGGACUUUGCAGUUACUGGCAUACCCAAUCACAAUUCCGGCGUAUGGCCACGGGCUACCUCUGAGUAUGGUCCCUCCCUGCGCUUCACCAAGUCCCGCGAGAAUCCUCUCGAACUGGACCCGCACAUUGGCGAAGGUAUUAACUUGCCCAAUCCCAGCGGGCAGAGCUUUAAGCCAACCAUCAACAAUGCAUAUCCCAGCCCUACAACGACAACCACGACCACAACCACAACUACAACCACCAAACGCCCGUACGCGUACAACCCAUAUGCCAAUUGGCAGAACAGGCCAAGCCAACAGCAACCGUCUUGGAAUCCUGCGGAUCCGGAAUAUGUCAAGGCUCAGGAAGCCAAGCAGCAGCAGUUUAUCCGCGAUCGAGAACAGCGUUGGCGAGAGCAGCAGCAGCGAAAUAAUCGGCGCCGCCCACAACACGAGACUCGCGAAGAUUUAGGACGAGAUUAUGAGCAGCGUGUCCAACAGCAAAGGGAGCAAGAAGAGCGACUGCGACAGCAGCGAGAGAACGAGGAGCGAGUGCGACAGCACCGAGAGCAAGAAGAGCGAUUGCGUCAGCAGCAAGAACGAGAGCAACAAGAACGUGAGCAGCAAGAACGAGAGCAACAGGAACGUGAGCAACAGGAACGCGAGCAACGGGAACGAGAACAACGACAGCUGGAAGGACGAUUUGAACUUAAUUUUAAGGAUAGUCCAAAAAAUCACCCGUGGGGCGGAUAUCCCUCGUACGAAGAAGAUGAACAGCCCCGAGAGCAGCAAGAACGAGAGCAGCAAGAGCGAGAGCAGCAAGAACGUGAGCAGCAAGAGCGAGAGCAACAAGAACGUGAGCAACAGGAACGUGAGCAACAGGAACGUGAGCAACAGGAACGUGAGCAACAGGAACGUGAGCAACAGGAACGUGAGCAACAGGAACGUGAGCAACAGGAACGUGAGCAACAGGAACGUGAGCAACAGGAACGUGAGCAACAGGAACGUGAUCAACAGGAACGCGAUCAAGAGCCACAAGAACCCGAAGAAUCCGACGAUGUUACAAUAGAUAAUCGGCCACCUUAUCCUUCAUAUGACGAAUAUAGUCAAGAAAACCAUGAACAUCCUUCCGAACCAGAACCCGACCGUAACUACAACGAGGAGCAGGAACGCGAAGAACAACAGCGAGAGCAACUGCGUCGAGAGCAGCAGGAACGCGAAGAACUACAGCGAGAGCAACUGCGUCGAGAGCAGCAGGAACGCGAGGAACAACAGCGAGAGCAACUGCGUCGAGAGCAGCAAGAACAGGAUCACCAGUCUCAGCCAAGUGAUCGGCCUGAAGACUACCCAAGCUAUGAGGACUACCUGAAGGCCCACCAAGCACGAAAUUCAGAACGUGAUCGUUACUAUGCCGAAGAGCAGGAACGAGAGCGACAGCGACAAGAGCAAUUGCACCAAGAGAGGCAGCCGCAACCGGAAGAAAAUCUGCCAGAUGAACGUCAGCCCUAUCCCAGCUACGAAUCAAACGAUUCCGAUCGCAUCUAUGCCGAAGAACAGGAUCGCGAGCAACAGCGAAGGGACCAGGUGGAUGAGGAACAACAGGCUGGCGAGGAUCAAGGAGAUAAUCGCACUGACGAGGAGAACGAAAGGUCCCAGGAAGGAGCAGCAGACCCGGGAGCUCUCAACGUCGAUGACUUCCCGAGCUAUGAGGCAUACCUGGAGGCCGCAAUGAAGCAACAACAGGAUCGGGAGGAACAGGAGCGGUUGGAGGAGGACCGUGCUAGGGCCCAGGAAGAGGAGGAGGACCGUGUUAGGGCUCAACAGGAAGAGGAGGAGCGUCAUCGGGCCCAAUAGAAUAGGCAACGCUCUCCAAGAUUAUUCGCAACUGAAGACCUUGAUCACUUUAAGCUCCUGCACAGGCAGCCGUAAAAGAUACCACCUUGCUAAAUAUUCUUUAUAUUUUAAAAUAUAACAUACAAAUGUUACAAAAUACGAAUUGUAAAAUGUUAAAAACUUAGUUUCAAUUCAUUGUACGUUUUCUUACCUUUUUUUGGCGACAAGCUUACAGCCCAUAUAUGCAACUGAUAAGCCAAUUUGUUUGAGAAUUUAAAAACUUGAGUUUCGAAGGUUUUAAAAUCGUUGUUUAAUACUUAAUACUUGGUCAGAAUGGCUAGCGAGUGCAGUAUAUGUAUAUAUUUUUCAACUCCAACUUAAGGGCUUGGUUGUGAAUUAAGAAACUGGUUACGAUCUUAUGGCAAGUCCUGCAUUUUUUGAGCCCAAUUUUGUGACUUGCUAGUUCUUUGCAAAAAUUAUAAACUAAAUGCAUUAUUAAGCCUUAUAUUUAAGAAAGACACUUCUUAUUACCACUUGUAAGUCUGAAAUAGAAAAAAACCAUUUCCGCCAAUUUAAAACAGGCCACGUUAUACUGCAAAACAGAAAGAAAAAAAAUUGCCUUUUUUUAUACAUUAUAAUUUAUCAGUUUAUAACUCCCGAUUUCGGAGGGCUAAAGUUUUUGAAUAAAAAAUUUUUGUGUGAUCGUG